CGCCUUCUGGGGAUUGUCGUUCUGGAGCUGGGUGGGCGGCCGCGGCUAGGAGCGCAGCGAGCCGGGGAGGACUCACUUUUCCAUGGUGCCCCGCGCGGGAGCGGCCUGCCGCAGGCUUCACGGACGGACGACGGACGGACGGACUUUGGUGUGGGAGUCGGAGGCCCGUUAGCCUGCCGUCCCCGUCCCGCCAUGGGCUCCCUGCUCAGCCGCCGCAUCGCCGGCGUGGAGGACAUCGACAUCCAGGCCAACUCGGCCUACCGGUACCCGCCCAAGUCCGGGAACUACUUUGCCAGUCAUUUUUUCAUGGGAGGUGAAAAGUUUGACACACCACAUCCUGAGGGCUAUCUUUUUGGGGAGAACAUGGACUUGAACUUCCUUGGUAACAGGCCUGUUCAGUUUCCCUAUGUAACCCCAGCACCUCAUGAGCCGGUGAAGACCCUGCGCAGUUUGGUGAAUAUCCGCAAAGAUUCCCUUCGCCUGGUCAGGUAUAAAGAAGACAGUGACAGCCCCACCGAGGAGAACGGGAAGCAGAAGGCCUUGUACAGCCUCGAGUUCACCUUUGAUGCUGAUGCGCGUGUCGCAAUCACCAUCUACUGCCAAGCGACAGAGGAGUUUAUGAGCGGCAUGGCAGUCUACAGCGCAAAGAACCCUUCUCUGCAGUCGGAGACGGUGCAUUACAAGCGAGGCGUGAGCCAGCAGUUCUCACUGCCGUCCUUCAAGAUUGACUUCUCCGACUGGAAGGAGGAUGAGCUGAACUUUGAUCUGGACCGAGGCAUCUUCCCCGUGGUCAUUCAGGCUGUGGUGGAUGAAGGUGAUGUUGUUGUGGAAGUGACUGGUCACGCCCACAUCCUUUUGGCUGCCUUUGAAAAGCAUGUUGAUGGGAGUUUCUCGGUGAAGCCCUUGAAGCAGAAGCAGAUCGUGGACCGGGUCAGUUACCUGCUUCAGGAGAUCUACGGCAUUGAGAACAAGAACAACCAGGAGACGAAGCCCUGCGAUGAUGAGAACAGUGACAAUAGCAACGAGUGUGUGGUGUGUCUCUCAGACCUGCGGGACACCCUCAUCCUGCCCUGUAGGCACCUCUGCCUCUGCAACUCCUGUGCCGACACCCUCCGCUAUCAGGCCAACAACUGUCCCAUCUGUCGCUUGCCCUUCCGAGCCCUGCUGCAGAUCCGAGCAGUGAGGAAGAAGCCUGGGGCCCUCUCUCCUCUCUCCUUCAGUCCUGUCUUGGCACAGACCUUGGACCACGAUGAGCAUUCGUGUUCGGACAACAUCCCUCCUGGCUACGAGCCCAUUUCUCUGCUGGAAGCCCUGAACGGCCUGCGCUCCGUCUCGCCUUCCAUCCCCUCAGCUCCCCUCUACGAUGAGAUCAGCUACACCGGGGUGCUGGAUGGGCUUCCCCUCUCCGGCAGGCCCCUCGUGGGUCUUGACCGAGCGGUGGAGAGCAGCCACCAGAAGGGCAAGCGCAGCAAGUCACCUGACAGCACUCUCCGCUCUCCCUCUUCACCAAUCCAUGAAGAAGACGAGGAGAAGCUUUCAGAAGACUCUGACCUGCCCCUCAGUGGGGCAGAGCUGGUUCUGCAGGAGGGCGGCUCCCCUGAGAGUCUGACAGUGGAAGAGGCAGAGGCAGCCACCUCACUGCAGCAAGGUAGCCAGCCUCACUCUGUCGAGGCCAUCGUCCAGGAGAGCAACAGCACCUGCGAGCCAAGGAACCUCUCCCUGCUGGAGGGCAAACUGCCAGCCGACGUGUAUCUGCCAGGAUCUUCCGACUUCACCAGCACUCUCCCGAGCUGUCGGACCAACUCUUCUGGGCAGCCCUUCCUGUUCACCGAGCCCCAUCUCUGCGUGGAAAGUGGGCAGAGCCCCUCCUGAGCACCCGGCUCAGGGGCCGAAGCCACAGCCUGGGCGCUUCCAAUGCCAACUGCCUGGGCCUGCUGUGCGCUCUCCCUGCCUGUGGGAAGCUGCCCCUCCCUCCUCCUCCCUCCAGCAAAGGGUUCUUUUAUGUGACACAGAUUCAUACGCAAUGCACGCUGGACAUUGUUUCCCUUCUGUCAGGCUCAGCCUUGACCCAGGACUGACUCUCUCCCGAGGACUAUUUUGGUCUUUGUACAGAUGUGCAUGACGUCUCAAACGCAGCUCUUCCCUUUCCGGACUGGAUGUGACCCAGGUGCGAGGAGGGAAAGGCCUUCCCUCCUGCCUUGCUGUUCUGUUCUCAUCGCCUCCCCCCUUGCCUUGUCCAUAUCUGUAGGGGCCCUGGCCCCCUUCAGUCUUCUCCUUCCCGAUCCCCAUCUCCCAAUUUCCGCCGGGCUGCGCUGCGGUUCUCUGGCGGCAGCAUCCAGCUACGGGGCAGGUGGUUCCUCCCCCUUCUCCUGCAGAAAGGAAACGGGGAGGGCAGGCACUUUCUCUCCUCCAUGCUUUGCCAUGGAAAACCCAGAAAAGCACCCUGUGGGAAAGUCAGGCUUGGCUGCUGGGGCUGGGAGCUGAGCUAGAGAGGUGAUGCCACCAGAGGAGGUGGCAGAAAACCGGUGUGGGGAGCCUGCCCAGCCUUGUGAGCUCAGCUCUCAGCUGUUUCCCCCACACACGCACACACAAACCUGCCGAAUCCACUCUAACCUGACACCUGCACUCAAGCCCUGGGCCUGGAAGAGGGCUUGCUCUCCACUUGGAGCUGCCCUCACAACUUGUGUGGAUGCUUCUCUGUGCAUUUGGGAGUGGCGUAGAGAAACUGCUCUUGGGGGCGCUUUUGCCCGAGGGCGAUGCCAACAAAGCCGGCUGCUUCCCCUUUGCCUGAGGCAGUUGGAGGGCAGUGCUCUGCCAGGCCAUUCUGUCACUUGCCAGGGCCAUGCCUCGAGAGGGGGGCAUAGCCUUUUCCAUCCCCACCUUGAGCUCCCGGGCCUGGGCCCAAGCUGCCUUGUGCCUUUGCCACUGCCACCGUCAUCUGUACCCGGGAGGAGGGGGUCCCUCCCCUUGUGGACUGGCUGCCCAAUUCUGCCAGCCGCUUCCUUGCCCUCCUCUGCUAGGGGCCAAUCUCUUCAGAGCUGGGUUGAUGUGUUUCUAUAUUUAUAGUAAUAAACCUCUCCUGUGUCA